AUGGUUCAUGGGAAGCCCCGCCAUCCACAAAGUCAGGGUUCUGUGGAACGUGCGAAUGGUGACAUUCAGGAUAUGUUAGUUACCUGGCUUGUAGACAAUAAUUCACAAGACUGGCUGGUUGGUAUCAAGUUUGUUCAAUUUCGGAAAAAUGCUGCUCACCAUUCAGGGAUAAAGUGCUCUCCAUAUUCUGCUAGGUUUGGUUGUGAAGCCAGAGUUGGUCUGACUUCUUCACCUCUACCCACAGAAGUUGUCUCAAAGUUGGAGAGUGAGGAUGAUGAUCUCAUAGCAUCUAUGUCCGGAGAUGAUGCAACAACAACAACAUGUUCUACUGCAAGUUCUACUGGUUCAAGCAUACAGAGGGCAGUUCAAGCUGUGGAUAGUGGUAGAGGAGAUCCACGGAAUAUCCUGGGUAUUACUCUCAGCAGAGAUUUGGACAAUGACCUGAAUAAGAUCGUUGUGAAGUCAGAUGUUCUAAAGGAAGAUAACGUAAAUCUGGAUAAUGCAGUGUCACUUCGAGAAGCAGUUAUUGCACCAUCUGCAUGUGGUGGUCAGGGAUUCACAAGAUGCAACUGUAGUGGUCUAAAGAAUUGUUCAACUAACAGAUGGUUCUUAAUGCUCUCUCCUCAACACAUGGACUCUUGGACUAUCUCUACUAUAUCUGUGAUACCACACCUGGUGCGUGUGGGUUGUGUAAUGAAGUGA